AUGGUGCCAUUGCAAGAUGAGUUUGCUUCGCUCCACUGUCAGAUAACCAACAGACAGGACGAGAUGUCGUACAGUGACUACAGCGACGGGUACAGCGACGAAGGUGUGCAAUUCCGCACGGAGGCGGACCUGGACGCGUACUUGGACGACGAGGAGUACGAUCUGAUGGGCGCGAUGGUGCCUCGGGUUCGCAAGUUGCUUGCGAGCAGGGCCCCGAACAAGCAGUUCAGCUCGUUCCAAGUGAAACAGGCCCUGUGGGACUCAGGGUUUGACGUAGAGUCAGCGGUGAUCGCCUGUGUCCGGCCAAUUCAAAGGCUGCGAAACCAACACCUACACCUACACACACACCUACACCUGCUCCUGCCCCUGCCCCUGCCCCUCGCCACAGACUCCUUUGACUGGCUUGAGGAGGAGGAUCCAGAAGACGAGGCACGCUCGCGGAGCAGCAAGCAGGCAGAACCGCAACGGUUCACGCACAAGAGGGCGACGAAACCCACAAAACCACGAUCCCCAGUGGACGUCGCACAGUACUUGCGCGGGAUGAAGCCGCAUCUCAGCUUUGUAGUGCUGGGCCACGUCGAUUCAGGGAAGUCGACACUUAUGGGAAGGGUCCUCUACGACGUAGGUGUCGUCUCGCAGCAGCAACUGCACAAACUGCAAAGAGAGUCAGAGAAGAUCGGUAAGUCCUCCUUCCACUUGGCGUGGGUCAUGGACCAAACCAGCGAGGAAAGAGAGCGCGGUGUCACCGUCUCAAUCUGUACUAGUGAGUUCGAAACCAAAGGUGGAGCAUUCACGAUCGUGGACGCCCCUGGGCACCGUGAUUUUGUGCCCAACACCAUUGGAGGUGUCUACCAGUCCGAUGUCGCGCUCUUGACCAUAGACUGUAACGUCAACGGGUUCGAGUCCGGGUUCGACCUCGACGGCCAGACGAAGGAACACACGCUGCUGGCAAGAUCCAUGGAUAUCCGCACCGUCGUCGUAGCGAUGAACAAGAUGGACACGGUCAAUUGGUCACAGAAGAGGUUUGAGGAGAUCAGGGGCAAACUGACACCGUACUUCCGCGAGAUCGGGUUUCAGGACGACCAGAUCAAGUGGGUGCCCCUCAGCGGGAUGACGGGUGAAGGUGUACACAAGAUCCCAUACCCUAGCCAACAGUACUGGUACCAUGGACCAACUUUGAUCGAGUUACUGGAGUCCCUAGCGGAAGUACCCGCGGAGAAAAACGUCGUCGACGCGCCGUUCCUCUUCUCAGUAAUGGAGAGCGACCCGUCAUCGAAGAAGAACGACGAGGCCAUAAUCACGGGGAAACUGGAGAGCGGGAGUAUCCAACCUGGGGAAACAAUCAACAUCUACCCAUCGGAACAGAGCGCUCUUGUCGACAAGAUAAUGUUCGGGAAGGACGAUACGGUGAAGCCCGUAGCCGUGAAGGGCGAGUUCGUGUCGUUGAGAUUGCGCCAGGCUUUCCCCAAGGAAAUUGAGAAUGGGGAUAUCGCUGCUGCGGUGACGGUCGACGACGUCCAAGUGAUGCGGACUUUGAAACUGAGACUGCUCACGUUCAAGAUGAAUAGACCACUGCUGCCGGGCACUUCCGUCAUGCUUUUCCAUGGGGUGUACGAACAGCCGGCGCGGAUCAGCAAGCUGAUCGCUCUGUUGGACAAGGCGGAUCCGACAAAAGUACAGAAGAGGAAAGUAAAGCACUUGCCCUCGAAUCAAAUCGCCGUGGUCGAGGUAGAGCUCACAGAUAAGAGGCAGUGGCUCCCCGUGCUACCAUUUGACAAGAAUAAGCAUCUGAGCAGAAUCAUCCUCAGAAAGGACGGGAGGUCCAUUGCUACAGGUGUGGUCAUUGAGUGA